GGGCCGCUUUGCAAUUCGUUUCCCCCAUCUUCAACGUUUGAACAUUGUGUGAAGGCGAGAAAAGAUCAGCUCCCACCGUUCCAUGACGGAUAUCACUGCAGAACCCUUUAGCGUUGGAUCCUUGUAUCUUGCAGGCUUCACCCAAGCUCGUGCACCGCAUGUCGGCCUCAUGAUUCCCACAACUGCCACAGAAGGCGUUCUUGUUCACAUUCGCAUCGACAGGGCCGUAUCCCCAACAUGGACUCUUCAAACGCGUGUCCAAAAGAUCGCCGGUGACAUGUUCCUCAGCAGCCUUCUCUGUAUUUCAGCAGCAGGCAUCACCGUGGACCAGCUGAAAAGUGCCGCACAGACUGUUCAUGUUCCGGAAAAUGACGAGUUUGGAGAAUGUUUUCCAUGGGCACAAGCAGUGGUUCACAAACUGCAUGAUGAAGAAUUGCUGCAGCUGAAGAGCAUGCCGGGGCUGGUCAAAGAAUUUGACGAGUUUUCAGCGGGAAAUAAGGUGUAUGCAAGAAGAGAUAGGUUCCCUAAUGUCGCAGUCUCGCAAUUUUGUGCAUAAAUCGAAAUAAUAAACUGGGCC